AAAAUAAUCGUUUAUCGAAGACGCGUGCGCUCUCGUCUACGAAAAAUACACGUUUCAAUGUGUUCAAACUCGAAUGAAUGAAACUCGGUUUGGUUUUAACCCAUUUUGAGUUUUGCGAAUUGUGCUGAAUGGUGGCGUUAGAGGCGAUUUUUUCCGUAAAUUUCGGUCGGCGUUGUGUGAGGUUAUGUGGCAUCGGGUUGAAAUUCGUGGCUUACUUGAUGACUUGUGUUUUCAAAUGAAUUAGUGUUGUGAUGUGAUUGAUUGGUAAUAAGUCAAACUGUUUUAUCGGUAAUUUGGUGUCGACAGUGGGCGCGAAAUUCGAAGAGUGUUGUUAUUCAACGCGUGGCCUUGAACAAAGUGCCGAUAACGACGUUAUCAACAAUUAGUGUUGUUCUUAUCUAAAUAGUCUACAUUACUUAAGAUUCGAGUGUUUACUAAACAUUUCGAGUACGCAAUAAUUGAUUAUGCGUAAUAAUGGAAGGUGAUUUGAAAGGAGCCCGACAUCACAAGCAAACUGGCUCUUCCAAGUGGUAGUGCUUCGCCCCCGGUCCUGUGGGCUUCGCGUCGGAAAACAGAUUCCGCGAGGAAAUGAGCCUGAAGAGAGUCCGCUUGUGCGCUAAUAAUUUGAAAAAGUGGAAGGGCAGUUAGGCCUCAAGACGGCGUCGUCAAAUUUCAUCCAGAAGAAGAACCGGAAGAGGCUGAAACUGCAGCUGUUCCGGCCCGAGUUGAAAGAACAGUGGCCGGUAAAGAAUAAUAAUAACAAUAAUAAGCAGCGGAAAAAGAACGGCAGCGUUCUGGGGAAGGUCAGUGGCGUAGCGGUGACGUUGAAACAGUGGUGGCGCGAUGUGGGGCUGUGCCCCAGGGCAGCCCCCUCGACGGUAGGCGGCCCCCUCGCCGCGAGGCAUCGCUGCUGUCACACUAAGAGGGGGGCCAACCGAUCCAUGGGACAGGCCUUCAGCAUGUGUAAACUCAAUCAUUGCCGACAUAAGAAAAGCUUGCAUUUGCGCAGUGGCGGCGACGACUGUCGGAUGCCGGCAGAGGGGGGCGCCCCUGGCUCGGAUUUUGCACACCGAGAUCGACCCCAUCAAAGAAACAUCAACCAUGCAGGCCAUGGGGGCCACUGCUACGACCCUGAAUACGCCCGAAUGGAAUCGUGGCUUGACGAACAUCCCGAUUUCGUACAAGACUACUUUCUCAGGAAAGCCACCAGACAAGUGGUGGAUUCGUGGCUGGUGUCGCACGCGACGCCGACGUCGUCGAGCGUCGAAUUGGCGUCACCGACACACAACCAGUCCAGGGCCGGCUCGGGCGCCACGACGCCCGUCCGAAAAAUUUCAGCGCAUGAGUUCGAACGUGGAGGACUUCUCAAACCGAUGAUUAGCACCAUCGAUGGUCAGCCCACGUUUCUGACGGGCUCUGCGGAAAAUCAAGUCACCGGGGGCAGCAGCAGCCCCACCCCCGGCCGGAGGCAGCGGCGCUCCAGGCACGAACUGAGGCAUUUGGACGAAAAAGAACUGAUUUUUGAACUGGUCAAGGACAUCUGCAACGAGCUGGAGGUCCGUUCGUUGUGCCACAAGAUCCUGCAGAACGUCUCCACGCUGUUGCACGCCGACCGAGGCUCCCUUUUUCUCGUUCAAGGCGAGAAAGGCGGUGGAUGCACGCCGCUUCCACCCGGACAGACACCUCGAGGACGGUGUCUUGUCUCGAAAUUAUUCGACGUCUGCUCCAGGAGUACCCUCACAGAGAUGGAAAAAAAGGAGGAAAUUCGGAUACCCUGGGGCACGGGGAUCGUCGGAUACGUCGCCGAAAGUGGCGAACCUGUGAAUAUACCGGACGCCUACCAGGACGAUCGAUUCAACCACGACAUCGACGCCUUGACGGGCUACAGGACCAAGACCUUGCUCUGCAUGCCCAUCAAGGACACCAACGGCGAUGUCAUCGGUGUGGCGCAAGUGAUCAACAAGGUGGGCGACCAGCCGUUCACCAAACAAGACGAAGAAGUCUUCGCCAGUUACCUCCAGUUUUGCGGAAUCGGCCUCCGCAAUGCCCAUCUGUACGAAAAAUCGCAACUGGAGGUGAAGCGCAAUCAGGUGCUUUUGGACCUCGCCCGCAUGAUUUUCGAAGAGCAGAGUACCAUCGAACACGUCGUUUUCAGGAUACUGACGCACACACAGAGUCUGAUUCAGUGCCAGAGGGUGCAGGUUCUCCUGGUCCACCAGGGCUCGAAAAUCAGCUUUUCGCGCGUUUUCGACUUCGAAGCAAACGAUCUGAGCGCAGAAGAGGGCGAAUCGCGGACCAGUCCCUUCGAGAGCCGAUUUCCCAUCAAUGUGGGAAUCACCGGUUACGUUGCGACGACUGGCGAGACGGUCAACAUACCAGUGGCUGACGAAGACGACCGGUUUGAUCCGAGCGUUGACGACGGUACUUGCUUCAAACACAAAACCAUUCUUUGCAUGCCCAUAAAAAAUUCCCUCGGCCAGAUCAUUGGAGUGAUUCAACUGAUAAACAAAUUCAAUGAUUUGCCGUUCACCAAAAACGACGAGAAUUUCGUCGAGGCUUUCGCCAUUUUUUGCGGCAUGGGCAUUCACAACACGCACAUGUAUGAGAAGGCCGUUGUGGCCAUCGCCAAGCACAGCGUCACCCUGGAGGUGCUGUCCUACCAUGCGACUGCAAGCAUGGAGGAUGCACAGAGGCUAAGGAGUUUAAGGGUGGCUUCGGCGGCCCAUUUCAGGCUCCACGACUUCGCCUUUGACGAUAUCAACAUGAAUGAUGAUGAGACUCUCACUGCCUGUAUUAGAAUGUUCCUCGAUUUGGAUCUAGUCGAACGCUUCCACAUAGAUUACGAAAUCUUGUGUAGGUGGUUGUUAUCAGUGAAAAAAAAUUACAGAAACGUUACUUAUCACAACUGGAGGCAUGCCUUCAACGUGGCACAAAUGAUGUUUUCCAUAUUGACGGCCACACAGUGGUGGAACAUUUUCGGCGAGAUCGAGUGUUUGGCCCUGAUGAUAGCGUGCCUGUGUCACGACCUGGACCAUCGAGGCACCAACAAUUCGUUUCAAAUCAAAGCGUCCUCGCCUCUCGCCCAGUUGUACUCAACGUCGACAAUGGAGCAUCACCAUUUCGACCAAUGUAUAAUGAUUCUGAACUCGCCUGGUAAUCAAUUGUUGUCAAAUAUAUCGUCAGAGGAGUACUCGCGAGUGAUUCGAGUGCUUGAAGAGGCGAUUCUAUCGACAGAUUUGGCGGUUUACUUUCGCAAAAGAGGGGCCUUUUUCAACGUGAUAAGAGAUAGGCCGUGCUGGAGUUUGGACGAACAUCGAGAACUGUUGAGGGCGAUGCUGAUGACAGUUUGUGAUUUGGCGGCCAUCACUAAGCCCUGGGAGGUCGAGAAGAGAGUGGCCGAACUGGUGUCGUCGGAAUUUUUCGAACAGGGUGAUAUCGAACGGGAGGAACUCAAUAUUACUCCCAUUGAUAUAAUGAACAGGGAAAAAGAGGACCAAUUACCCCUAAUGCAAGUAGGAUUCAUCGAUUCGAUUUGCCUGCCGAUCUACGAGGCGUUCUCGCGGCUGUCGCCGCAGCUGGAGCCCCUGGUGGAGGGUGUGCGGAAAAACCGCGUGAAGUGGCUCGAGAUUGCAGCAGCACAGAGUCUUAUCCCCCCUGAGGAGCAGCGCGACUCAAACGACAACCUCUCCAAGCCGAACACUCCCGAAUCGAAUCCGAACGCCUCCUCCCAAAUAAGCGACUAGUAAAUUGUAGUUAUUGUAAAUAAUUCCCGAAGACUAUUUAUUCUAGUUUAAAUAUAAUUUGAAAGACUUAAUAAUGACGACCACGGUGUUUUAAGAGAGUGUUAUUUUUUUAAAGUAUUGUCAAAGAAUUCUUCAAGGCUCUAAAACUUCCCUCCCUGUAUUAAUUUAUUUAUUUCCGCGAAAAUCUCAGUUUUAUUUAUUAUUUGUGAGUAUUGCAUAGGUUGUAAGAGAGCUCUCUUAAGUUUCUAGGCUAGGUUUUUAGUAGUCACUUGUUGUGAUAUUUUAGUGGGCUCUACACAAAUAUGGCAAGUAGAGGACCGUAUUUUAAUAUGGUAUUAUAUUCGUUGAGGAAACUAUUUAUACCAAAGCGUAUUUUUUAAUCCUAUUUUACUAAUUAAGUUCAUGUUUUUAAUGUCUAUCAUUUCGCGACAACUGUUUUCGAAAAUUGUUUUCUAUCAAAUUUACUAAGUGUACAUUCUGUGUAAAAUAAUAAUUACAAUAACAAUAUUAAUAUAAUAAACACUUACGAAAGAA